GGUUUAACUACUGAAUAAUUAAUCAAUUUGAUCCGCCAAUGGCUGGGCUUCCUUGUGACAGAACCCUUCAAAGUGGUCCAAUCGAAGUUAGAUGGGCGGGUUUAUGGCCUUCUCCGCGUAGUCUCAGUUUGUUUUUUUAAUUUUUUGCUCUUAGGAGUCGUUUUGUUGUCGUUAUAUUUGAAGAAAUAUUUUUUAUGGGUUAUAGAAAAUUAAUAGAUUGUCGUUCUUUUGUUUCAGAACUGCGAUGGAAUGAAAUACGAAAACAAGACAAAUUGCUGGGGGGAAAAAAACCCGAAUCAACAGCAUGUUGGAGUGAACUGGAAUGAAUUACACAGACAAUAACGUGGAUUUAAAACAGCUGCUGUGCCUUCUGGUUACCAAACGUGACGUUGCAUCAUACUUGUAAAGCGGACUUUGCGUGUAUUUCACAGUGGAGAAUCGAAACUUUUUGGUUUUUGGAUUUUCGCUGCAGCCAGGAGUCGAAGGAAGAUGAUACGUAGCUGUACAGUUGUUGCGUGAGUCAUUAACACAACAAACCUCUGUGAAAAUAGCACAUCAUCACUUUGUAUAUUUACAACGAUGUUUAACAAGUACAAAACAUGCAGUGAGACGGGAUUAGGUUGUGUUAACUAAGAGAAUGACAGCAAAGGCGAUUUUAAACGAGACUUAAUAACAGUUAUUAAUUCUGUAUACCGCCCCAGGCGUCUGCUGUAUAUUGACUUUGGUGAGAAAAUGCAUUAACAAACACAAACUACGACGUAAAUGCUGACUUUAACAAGUAGCUUUUUUAAAAUAAAAGGUUAAAGUGAUGAAUGAUCUCUUGUAUGAAGGAAGAUUUACAAGAAAAUCGACUAAAUGGAACUCGAAAACGCACUCUGCAGUUCAGCAUCAGCAGCACCGGCCCUCGCUGUGAAACUUCUUUCUGUUGCCAUAGAGACUGGAACUCUCUCGAUUUGUCUCGGAGCCUUGGUAUUUUUAUUUAUUUCCCCUAAAUAAAACGUAGCAUCACGACCAAACAUUUGAUGUGCGUUAGAGGCGGAAUUUCUAACUUUAAUAUCAAUUCUAGCUUUUUUUUUUUUUAAUUUGGUUGACCAUGGCUCGAGCCCUAGCGUCCAGGAUGGGUCUAAGCGCCCUGAAGAGGAAGCAGACCAAAAGCUUCAGUGUGAGGAUCGUCACCAUGGAUGCGGAGAUGGAGUUCAGCUGUGAGGUGAAAUGGAAAGGGAAGGACUUGUUUGACCUGGUAUGUAGGACCGUGGGGCUCAGGGAGUCCUGGUUCUUUGGACUUCAGUACAAUAUAAAGGACACUGUCGCCUGGCUCAAAAUGGACAAGAAGGUCUUGGAUCAUGAUGUAUGUAAAGAAGAGCCAAUCACCUUCAAUUUCCUGGCCAAAUUCUACCCGGAAAAUGCAGAGGAGGAGCUUGUACAGGAAAUCACACAGCACCUGUUCUUCCUGCAGGUGAAGAAGGAGAUUUUGGAUGAAGAAAUCUACUGCCCACCUGAAGCUUCAGUCCUCCUGGCUUCCUAUGCUGUGCAGGCAAAGUAUGGAGAUUAUGACCCCACUGCGCACAAGCCUGGGUUUCUGGCUCGAGAAGAACUGCUACCGAAGAGGGUGAUAAACCUGUACCAGAUGACACCUGAGAUGUGGGAGGAAAGAAUUGCUGCCUGGUAUGCAGAACACAGAGGGAGAACAAGGGAUGAGGCAGAGAUGGAGUAUUUGAAGAUAGCACAGGAUCUUGAGAUGUACGGCGUGAACUAUUUUUUCAUUAGGAACAAAAAGGGAACCAGUUUGCUGCUGGGGGUGGAUGCUUUGGGACUUCACAUUUACGAUCCUCAGAACAAACUCACCCCGAAAAUCUCCUUCCCUUGGAAUGAAAUCCGCAACAUUUCCUACAGCGACAAAGAGUUUGCAAUAAAGCCCUUGGACAAAAAGAUUGAAGUUUUCAAGUUUAAUUCUUCAAAGUUAAGGGUCAACAAGCUGAUUCUUCAGCUGUGCAUCGGGAAUCAUGACCUGUUCAUGAGGAGGAGGAGGGGGGACUCGCUGGAAGUCCAGCAGAUGAAGUCUCAAGCCAGGGAGGAGAAGGCAAGGAAGCAGAUGGAGCGCCAGAGGCUGGCCCGGGAGAAGCAGCUGAGAGAGGAGGCGGAGCGAGCGCGAGACGAGCUGGAGAGGAGGCUGCACCAGCUGCAGGAUGAGGCUCAGAUGGCCAAUGAGGCACUGCUGAGGUCAGAGGAGACAGCAGAACUGCUGCACGAGAAAGCCCAGAUUGCAGAAGAGGAAGCCAAGCUGCUAGCGCAGAAAGCAGCCGAGGCAGAGCAGGAGAUGCAGCGGAUCAAAGUGACGUCCAUCCGCAGUGAGCAGGAGAAGAGGCUGAUGGAGCAGAAGGUGCUGGAGGCAGAGAUGCUGGCUCUCAAGAUGGCAGAGGAGUCUGAGAGGAGGGCCAAAGAGGCAGAGCAUCUGAAGCAGGACUUGCAGGAAGCUCGGGAGUCUGAACGCAGGGCGAAACACAAGCUGCUGGAGAUCACCAGCAAGUCUGCGUACACGACAACCAAUUCCAAUGCAAAUGCCCUGCCCACUGAUGUCCCCAGCUUUAACUUCAGCGGGGACAAUCUCACUUUCGAUUUUAAAGAUACCGACAUGAAACGUCUGUCCAUGGAGAUCGAGAAGGAGAAGGUGGAGUAUAUGCAAAAGAGUAAAAACCUGCAAGAGCAGCUGAAUGAAUUGAAAACGGAGAUUGAGUCUCUGAAGCUGAAGGAGAGGGAGACUCCCUUAGACAUCCUGCACAACGAGAAUGCAGACAAGGGAACGAGCAAGCAGAGCACCAUUAAAAAGCAGCAUGUGUCCCAGGGCAGGAGACCGGUCUGCAUUUGACAGCUCAUUUGGUUUGGCAUUGAAAGCUCACUUUGCAAAGCACAAAAACCAGGGUUGCCUUCUUUGAAGAGCUGUAGAAAGGAUAAAGGGAUUCCCGUCUCCCUACAGGCUGUGGCGUCUUCAGACCAGGAUGGAACGGGACUCUCAAGGAGGGAGAGCAACACGAUGACCAAAAGACCAAAGUUUACAUGGGGAUGAUAUUUACUUCCACGACACAUGUGUUCGUAUCAUAUUAAUAUUGAUCAUUUCUCAUGCUUCACUGCGCCAGGC